AGAAUUCAAAAUGCCACACAGCUUCGGUUAUAGAGCCAGAACCAGACACACCUUCGCCAGAGGUUUCAGAGCCCACGGUAUUCUCUCAUCAAAGUUCUUCUUGACCAACUUCAAGCUUGGUGAUUUCGUUACCGUCAAGGUUAACAGUAACGAACACAAGGGUAUGCCACACAGAAUUUACCACGGUAAGACUGGUAGAGUCUGGAACGUUACCCCAAGAGCUGUUGGUGUUGAAAUCACUAAGCAAGUCAGAGGUAGAAUCAUCAACAAGAGAUUCCACGUCAGAAUUGAACACGUCGUGAAGAGCAAGUGUAGACAAGACUUCUUGGAAAGAUGUAAGCUUAACAACAAGAUUGCUCUUGAAAAUAAGGAUAAGCCAGUUGAACAAAGAAAGAAGUUCGUCAAGAGACUCCCAGCUCAACCAAGACCAUCUUUCACUUUGAAGGUUGAAAAUGUUGUUGAUGUCAUUCCACCAGAAUUCGUUGAAACUGCUUAAAUUUCAUAAUAAAUUAAUCAUAAAAAUUC